AUGGAAACACUGGAUGAUGACAUAAGAGAGGUUGGCAAGGAAAUUAUGAAGGCAGCUCAGGCGUUCGCGCAAACUAAUAAUCUUGACAAGGAGAUGGAUGAAUGGUCUGAUCAGACACAAGGUGGAGAAGCUGGAUCUGGAAAAGUUGAACCUCCCAAAGUCCUAGCCAUGCCCAUUGUCAAGAAAGAACUUAAGGGCAAAGAUAAGUUAAUUGAAGAAGAGCCCAUAAUUGAUGAUGACGAAGACAACGAGCCUGAUGAAGCUGAACUUAAAAGGCGGAAGGCUCGUGAUGCUGAAUAG